AUGGCUUCUAGAUUUUCUGCUGCACGUCCGAAUCGUGCGGGGGAACAAUUCGCCCGUACCCAUCAUCUCGAGGCAGAUGACGGGCCCUCGCCAAAGAAGCCCAAAUUUGAUAUUCGCAACCCCUCAGCCCUCGCGCCCGAUGCACCGGAAGAAGAUGCUGUCCUCGAAGCAGAUGUCAUUGGAGGGGCAGGGACAGGCACCAAGAGAGGCGCCGUCAACAUUGACGGAUAUGAUAGUGAUUCAGAAAAUGAGGGAUUCGAUGCGAGGGCAGAGGAGAGAGCAAAAGCUAGGCAAGGCAAGCCUGAAGUCAGUCUUGCAGAUGCGCUGGAUGGGUACGCGAAAGACGGCAGUAAUGCGCAGAAUUCAACUGCGCAAAUGGAUGACGACGAUGAGGAUAUGUUUGCAGAUCUAGAGGAAGAAGUAAGUGGGGAGAAAACUACGAACGUUCCGGGGAAAGGCAGAAAGGAGAAAGAAGUACGGUUCAUGGAAGCCGAUGAAAUUCAAGGCCAGGUGGAAAACAGUAAGAGUGGCGGUCAUGUGUCUGGCAAUUUUGCACUAGAUCCGAAAGGCAAGCUAUCAACACACGCAAUGGAUGACCAGGAAAGUAGUGAUGAUGAAGAAGAUGCCGAGGCACUUGCUGCAGAAGAGGGUAUCGACGAUGAGGUUGGGGCUGGGGGGCUAAAAAGGAAUGCCCCUAAAGUUGAUGCCUUCAACAUGAAAGCCGAACAGGAAGAGGGUCGCUUCGACGAUGCCGGAAACUUCAUUCGUAAGGCUGCUGACCCAGAUUCGAAACACGAUACCUGGCUGGAAGGCGUCAGCAAGAAAGAUAUGAAAAAAGCGGCGGAAGCCCACGAAAAGCGUGAAGCAGAACUUCGACAGCAACGGUUAAAUGACGAUGCACAACUGUUACCCGAUAUUCUACGAAAUCUAAUCCUCCAACUAGAGAAGGGAGAAACAGUGUUAGAAGCAUUAGGUCGGCUGGGAAAGUCACAGGUAAAAACGAAAAAGAUCCCUAAAUGGAAGGCAAAAAAGCAAAAGCAAGCCGAUGAGUCUAUGGAUGUCGAUCCCGCAGAAGAUCCGGUGCAGUUAGCAAUCUCAAAGUCAAUUUCAUCAAUCACAACCAAUGCUUCACUACUCCUGACGCGGGGCCAAACCGAGAUAUAUGAGCAAGAACGAGAGAUGCUAAUCCGCCAAUAUCGAAAAGAGGCGGGAGAGGACUGGGUAGAGCCAGCACCUAGUGAUGAGGACUUCAGUAUACUUAAGAACACCAAGCCCACAAUAAUGUGGGAAUAUCGAUGGACCGACGGCAGAGAUGGCGAUGUAAAACAGGGCCCGUACGAUGGUGCCACGAUGAAGGCUUGGAAUGAUGCUGGGUAUUUUGCAGAAGGAAUUGAGUUUAGAAGAAUUGGCGAAGAGGGCUGGAGCAGAGUUGUGGAUUUUGUCUGA